CCCCCCGCUUCUUCCAUGGACGACGACGGCGGCGCGUCCCCCGAUCACUACGGCGGUGGCGGCGGAGGAAGCAUAACCAUCGUCUGCAAGAUGUGCAGAGACGAGGGAGUAUUCAGCCCCGACGACGACGAAGAUAACGGCUACUUCACGUGCCGCCAGUGCGAUUAUGUCAACACCUCCACCCAGGCGCUCGUCUCCGACCCCGGCGAUUUCCAACCCAAACCGUCCAUCCGACUUCCCAACCAAUCCACCAAAACUCCCAACCCCCCGAGCAACACCCAGCGCGCCACUGCUGCGCGUGCCUUCGAUGAACCCGACGAGCCGCGCGACUUUGUGCCCGGCGCCGCCGACGUUUGGGUCGGCGAGCCAGAGGAGCUGGGGAUUCGGAUCCGGCAGCGCUACGUGGAGGGGCUGCAGGCGAUCCUGCAGCAGCAGCUGCAGGUGCUGGUCGAGACGCACCGGGCGGGCGCGCUCGUCUGCGGCGUGGCUGGAACCAUCUGGGUGCGCUGGGUGGCUGCCUCCAAGGUGUUCGGCGAAAUGUGGGCGCCAAAGGUGAUUGCGGAGGACGAGGCUGCGCGGGGACUGAAGCGCUCUUCCAGUGGAGGUGCUGCUCUAUGUCAGCUAUUGCCAUUGAAAGACAGGCGAAGGGUCGAGUUCAUCUUUCUGCGCUCAUUGAGGAUGAUGCUGCCGGUGUACUCGACACUGUCCGUCUGUUUCCUGGCCUGUCAUGUUGCCCGUGAAGCAAUUCUGCCGACCGACAUCUACAGGUGGGCGAUGGAGGGUAAGCUUCCUUACGUGGCAGCGUUUACCCAGGUGGACAAACUUCUUGGGACCCCUGUAAAACACUGCCCUUUGAGUGCGAGACAGCUAUUCAGGCCGGUCCGAGUGAUUGGAGCGCGGCAACUGGAAGCUACAGCUGGGUCCAUAGCACGAAGGAUAGGCUUACGGCUUCCUUCGGUUAAUUUCUAUGCUAUUGCUCACCGCUACUUGAGCGAGUUGUCUCUGCCGAUUGAAAGAACCCUCCCUCAUGCUUGCCGUAUCUAUGAGUGGGCGAUGCCUGCAGAACUGUGGCUGUCUAGUAAUCCAGCUAGGCUCCCUACACGGGUGUGUGUAAUGGCUAUACUAAUAUUGGCUCUAAGAGUUCAGUAUAACAUCAAUGGUCAAGGGAUAUGGGAGGAGAUUUCUGAGGCACGAAGCAAUGCAGGUGAGUCUGACCCUGAUGCAAACUUACCACCAUCUAUGAAGCCUGAUGGCAGCACGAGUGAGGAGUUUGGAACAAGAGAAUUGCUAUGCACUCUUGCAGAUGCCUAUGAUAAAAUUGACGUCACACAUGAUUAUUCGAAGGACCUUCACUCUUAUCUCAAAUACUGCAAAGAUGUUGUAUUUCCUGGGAUUGCAUGUUCAGAUAAAGAGAAGCACGUGAUAGAGGACUUCCAGGAAAUGUACAAAGGACAAGAGGACAAAAACCCCAAGGUGCGCAUGGAGGAAACACGCUCCACAAACGGAGUGAAGAAACGAGGCCGGGAUGGAACUUCUGUCAGUGCAAGGUGCUUGCCUACAUCAUCAUCAGGGAUACGAAGUAUCAAUUCAGAAAUGGAAGACCAUGGAUUUUGUUAUAUGUCGCCAAGGAAGCGUCCAAGAUCAGACGGUUAUCUUCACUACAGAAGGAAGACAUCAGCUGGCAGCCUUGCUUGCAUCGGACAUGCUGAUUAUUACAUGUUGAUACGCUCAUUUGCCAAGCUUGCGGAAGUUGAUGUCAGGAUUAUGCAUGAUAGCGUGCUGAAACUAGAGAGGAGGCUUGCAUGGAUAGAAGAACGGAUAGGCGUAAGCUUGGAUGCCUUACACAAUCCAGCUAGCUAAGGUAAUGCUACUAUGACAUGACUUAGUUUUACUUUUCAAACGAAGAAUGGAUAGGCGGAAGCUCGCAGAAGUCAAUGUUAGGAUGCUCGGUUCUAACUAAUUGCCAGUGACGAGAUUAUUACCGUAUAGUUUCAGUAC